AUGGGGACUAGUGGCACUCUCCUGGGCAGUGCCAGGCAAGUAGGCUGGCAUGCAGCUUUACUGCUGUGGCCGCGUCUCUGGGACCUGUUGGUGGACAUCUGGCUUACUGCUGCUCAGAGGAGAAAGGUCACAGCCUUCCACGGGUCCUUGGAUAUCAGGCGCUGCCCACCUGCAUCUUAUCCACAGUGUUCCCCUGGGGUGGAGAACUUCAGAUGUCUCUCAGUGCGGCCACCACUUGAAGGGGAAAAGAGAGAAACUUCUGUUUUUAAAGACAGUGCCCUGGAUCAGGGCCUUCACAGGCUGAGAGCUCUGUGGGGGCCUUCACUCACCCUGUCCCCUGCAGACACCCAAGGUGCAGCUCAUCUGCCAGCGAACAAAGACAUUCCACUGUUCAGAAAACUCAUUAGCUUCCAACCUUCUCAAUUAGGCAGAACAAACAUGCAUUACUCCAAAUUGCCCCGCACUGCAGUAGAGACAGAGUUCAAGCAAAAUGUUGGCCCACCACCCAAGGAUUUGACCACUGAAGUUUACUUCCCUUCAAUCAAAUUUAGAUCAGAUCUUCCUGUAGUUUUCUGUAGUCAGUAUUUCAAGCAUCCAAUAUGUGUAGGGGAAUAUGGACCCAAGAAUGGAGCAGAAAGACAAAUAGAGGAACAGAAAGUUUUGCCUACAACCAUGAUGUUCUCAAGGUUAGCUGACUGUGCUCUGAAAUCCACCCAAAUUCCCAUUUUGGGAGUUGCUGUGUGACGAAGGUCUGCCCCUGUGGUGUUGGGACGACUUGCUCAUGGAGUUACAGUUCUUGCCUAACAGGAACCCACCACGGGCUGCCUCCUGCCCCCAUGGGGAGGAGUCCAUCCUCUUCUAUGGUAUACAUCUGUUGGCUUGUUUGUCCAUCCUUCCCCUUUCUGGG